AUGUACCCCAUUUCCAGCUCUGGGCUGCUCAGGGACCCCCCCGUUCUGCCUUACCUGAAGCAGGAGGAACCCAGCGGCAUCUCGCCCCCGCAGCCCACCCCCCCGGCUUUCCAGUACCUGCUCUGCGCCCCCACUUCUCCCGCCGUCCGGCACCACGAGGAGACCCUCACCUACCUCAACCAGGUUCAGCCCCAGGUCCAGUCCCAGCUCAGCCCCAGUUCAGUCCCAGUUCAGCCUCAGGUCCAGCCCCAGGUCCAGUCCCAGCUCAGCCCCAAGUCCAGCCCCAGGUCCAUCCCCAGUCCAGCCCCAGGUCCAGUCCCAGCUCAGCUCCAGGUCCAGCCCCAGUUCAGCCCAGUCCAUCCUGUCUCUCGGUGGGCUCGGGGCCGUGGCCGUGGGCCUGAUCCUGCGGCGCAGAGCGUGGUGCGGGUGGCCUUCCACGACCGGCGGCUGCAGCACUCGGCGCAGCAGCAGCUGGAGGGCUGGCGGUGCAGCCGCCCGGGCGAUCGCAUCCUCGACAUCGACCUCCCGCUUUCCAUCGGCAUCCUCGAGCCCCAAAUCCACCCCACGCUGCUCAACACGGUGGAGUUCCUCUGGGACCCUUCGAGGCGGACGGCUGUCUUUGUGCAGGUUCACUGCACCAGCACCGAGUUCACGCUGCGGAAGAACGGGGGGGAGAAAGGUGUCCCCUUCCGCAUCCAGAUCGACACCUUCGGGGUGGGGGGCAAGGGGGACCCCCCCAAGCACCUCCACUCCGCCAGCUGCCUCGUCAAGGUGUUCAAGCCCAAAGGGGCCGAUAGGAAGCAGAAAACGGAUCGGGAGAAGGUGGAGAAGCAGCCGGCGCCGGAGCGGCAGAAAUUCCAGCCGGCCUACGAGACCACCGUGCUGGCCGAGUGUGCCCCAUGGCCGGAUGCGCUGGGUGCCCCCCCCAGCCCCCCGGGGCUGCCGUCUCCUCACCCCUUCAAGCUGCUGAGCCUCGAGAGGGUGUGUGUGUCGCCCGCCUGCGCUGCCGAGAGCCCCGUGGGGAGUCCUGCCGAGGCGCUGAGCCCCUGCGCAUCCCCCCUGGAGACGCAGCAGUGGCUGCACAAGCGCCGCUUCUCCGCCUACGCCCGGGUCUUCGCCAACUUCGCGGGCGCCGACCUGCUGAAGCUCUCCCGCAGGGACCUGAUCCAGAUCUGCGGAGCCCCCGACGGCAUCCGCCUCUGCAACGCGCUGACGGGCAGGUCCCCGCGGCCCCUGCUGACCCUCUACGUGUCGUGGGAACGCGCCGGCGGGGCCGAGGGCGCGGAGGAGGGAUGCUCAGGGCUGUACCAGGAGGUGCAGCUGGAGGAGCUGACGGUGGCCGAGCUCAGCGGGAAGCUGUCUGAGCUGCUGCGGCUCCCGGAGGGCCAAAUCCUGCGCCUGUCCCGGCAGGGACCCUCCGGCAUCCACAUCCUCGUCAGCGAUGCGAUGAUCAGGAACCUCCUGGACGAGACGUGCUUCGCGGUGGCCAUCGGCAAAGCGCGCGGCCCCGAGGGGUACGACCUGGUGCUGCGGUAGGACCCGGACCCCCCCGCCUCCGCCCCCCCCCCCCGGCGCUGCGUCACCCCCGGGAAGGGAGAUACCCCCACCGAGCUGUGCCGGG